GGCCCGGUCCCGGGCGCCGCCUCCUUAUUUUACAACCCGGCUCGCGGGCGCGAGGGGACGCGGGCGGCGGCGAGCGAGCGAGUUCCAGUCCUCCUCUUCCGCGCGCACGGAGGAGACUAGCGGCUCACGCCCGCAAGCGCCCCACACGGCCACACCCCGCCCCGCCAGGCCACCACGCCCCCGAGAAUAGGCGAGCGGCUGCUGGCCCACGAAUCCAGGAGCCCCGGCCUGCGCGGCGCGUCCGUCGGCCCUCCCUAAAUCCGGCCACGCCCGCCGGGGUGGAGAGAGAGAGGCGACGGUUGAUCAGUCAGUUCUAGGUUUCCUCGGGGGUCGCCUUCCCCUUCGCUUCCCCCUCGUUGUUGCCGGUUUGUUCGGCUCGAUCUGGUCGGCGGAUCAGUCGGUUUUCAUCACCAGAGGAAUAAAGUUAACUUCCCUCGGCGGCCGUUCGCCCGUCGCCCGUAUCGCCGCCGCCGCCGCCUCUGUUGGUUGGAGUCCGACCUCCCUCCCGUCCCCUUUGUUUCGGUUUCCGAAUCUUCUAGGCCAUCGUCAGCCCGGCGGUUUCUCGAACUCCAUCCCGUCCGAUAACAGGUCUUCGUUAUCACUUCGUUUGCGUGCCUCCGGCGAGCGAGGAUUAGUUGAAACCGGACCAUGGCUGAGAUAGAAGACGCGGUUGGUGCGCCGCCAACGGCGACGACGACGGAGUCCGAGGGCACCACCACAGACGACGAGCAUCUUUCGCCGACCUGCGCCUGCGGCGGCGGGGGCGGAGGUCGCGGUGGAGGCGGAGGCCGCAUCAAGAUCCUCUGCAGCUUUGGCGGCCGCAUCGUGCCCCGCCCGCACGACGGCGUGCUCAAGUACGUCGGCGGGGAGACCCGCGUUCUCGCUGUGCCCCGAUCCAUCCCCUUCCGCGAGAUGAAGAAGAAGGUGGAGGAGAUGUUCAAGACGGAAGUAGCGGCCAUCAAGUACCAGCUCCUCUCCGUCGCCGAGGACCUCGACGUGCUUGUCUCCGUCACCUGCGACGAGGACCUGGCCCACAUGCUGGACGAGUACGACCGCCUCGAGGCCAAGCGCUCGCCGACCGCGUCCCCGCGCUUCCGCGUCUACGUCUUCGCGCCGCAGCCCGCCGCGCCCGCCUCCACCCGCUACGCCGGCCUAUCGCGCCUCCACCCGCACCACCAUCACCAGCAGCAGCACCACCACCACCACCACUUCCAGCCGGAGCGCUACGUCGCCACCGUGCCGGCCUCGCCCGACGGGAGCCCGCCGUUCCCGUCCCAGCCGCACGGCGCCGUCUCCGCAGGCAACUCCCCCCGCGCCAACGCCGUGGGCGCCGAGCCGCCCGCCGCCUUCGGGCAAGGGAUGCAGCGCGUCCGGAGCACGCCGAACCUCGGCACCCUGGACGCGGCGGCGCAGUGCCUUCACCAGCACGCGGCGGACGGCGGCGGCGUGCCGGGAUACGUGAGCAGCUCGCCGAGGCACGCCGGCCUGCUGCAGAACAGCUUCCACCACUACCAGCACCAGUACGCGGCGGCGCCGGUGGCCGUGCCACACCAUGCCGGGCGGUACGACGCGCGCGGGUACGUCCGGGUGGGCAACUACCUGGCGCCGGUGGCGCCUCCUGCCCGGCCUGUCUCGAGGGGAGGACUGGCGCCGCACAGCGAGAUGGUCACGCCGAAGAAGUCUGCCAUUGUUUGGGAUUGAUGCGGCCGUCGGUACGCCGGAGCCCGGAGGGGAGCCUGGUAUAACGAAUCCUUUUCUUUCAUCAGUACGAGGGGGCAAUGAGUGGACUGAUACGAGUGUUCUUGAGAUGUAAAUAGACGGUCGGAUGGAUGGCACGCGGCCUUCUUUUAGCUGUUGCGACAGUGUCCAAUGUCCAUGCGGAUUGCUGAACAGGUUUGUGCGUUACUUCGGGGGUGCAGCACGUCACACCGGACUCUAA